CAUCCCGAAACCAUCCAACAAAACAUCAAACAUGUCUUCUUCUCUUUCAACUUUUCCUGAUGCCGAGAUAUGGAUUGUUCCAUUCUUCGGCCAAGGCCAUCUUUAUCCUUACAUGGAAUUAUGCAAGCAAUUAGCCUCCCGUAGUAUCAAAACCUCCCUUAUAAUUUCUUCCAAUAUCGCCAGUAACAUCCCUUCCUCUCUGGGUCAAUUUCCUCUCGUUCAAAUUACCGAAAUACCCUCGUCUCCGCCUCCGACGUUGCAGCCUAGCUCGGUCUCGGACCCUCUUCAACACCACCGUCACCAGCACACCCAGAUGGCUCAGGGCCUUCAGAAUCUUUUUUCGACCCGGGUCCCACCGGUUUGUGCUAUUGUUGAUGUUAUGAUGUCCUGGACGGCUGAUACUUUCAAAAAGUUUGGAGUUCCGACGAUCGGGAUUUUCACUUCGGGCGCUUGCUCACCUGCUAUGGAGCAUGCCAGCUGGAAGGCCCACCCAGAAGAUCUAAAAUCCGGGGAAAUCCGUUUGCUGCCUGGGUUACCAGAAGAAAUGGCUUUAACUGAGUCGGAUCUUAAACGAAAGCCUCACGGACCUCCAGGUGGUAUGUUGGGCUCACUAGGUGGUUCUGGCCCAUUUCCAGGAGCAGGCCCAAGACCGGGUUUUCCUGGCCCACAGGGCGGAGGCCCGAGACCAGGAUUUCUCGGUGCACCUGGCGCACCUGGGCCUAAGAUGCUGGGCCCACCUCGUCCGGGUCAACAACCGCCGUGGGUGGAGGAAGUAGCGGACUCAAUCGCGAUGGUGCUCAACACGUGUCACCCACAGCCAAAUUUGUCUGUGAUGGCAGCUGGGCAAACGACACCACCUCCCUCCAUUCCACCACCGCCUCAGAACCAUCCAAGUUCGUCUGUUGAACCUGCCCCACCUGCACCUCCUCCCCCCAGUUUCUGGGGUAAAUGCAAGGAACGCUUUACGUGUCUGCUUGGAGUUGAGACUUGCGUUCAUCACCUCUGGGAGUACUGCAAUGCAUGCCUGGGAUAUGAUAUAUAGUGAGACUGGGACUUUCUUGUGAAGUGGUAUCAAUUUUAUUAAUAUAAAUAAGAUUGUGAGUGUAAUGUUGUGUGUGU